UGUGGAUAAGGCCAUGCCUGCUAGUACAACCUCUUGGUUCAUUUGCAGUCAAUGGGAUUCACCCUUGCUGAGAUUAUCAAUGAGUUAUCAGAUCCCUAUGUUCUUGUACUCUAUAGAGAGAACCUACUGGAACAAUAUGUCAGCUGGAAGAUCGCAGAUAAGAAUAAAGUGUGGUGGUCUACGCAUUCAAAUCCUGAUACAACUGUGCCAGUGACACUAUCAGCUCUUGAUAAGUUUAUACAAGAAGAAAAACAACAGUGGGCUGAAGCCAUGAAACAUAUCAUCAAAUCUAAAACAAUGUUUGUGAAAUAUGAGAAUUUACGUGAUGAUAAGUACACAGAGCUGAAUCGAAUAUUGAAAUUCUUUAAAUUAGGUAGAACAGAUAGAGUAUUUCUUGAUAUGAUUACGCAACAAAAUCCACAAAAGAUUGAAAACAAAGUGUCCAACUAUGAGGAAAUCAAGCGGCAUAUCUUGCAGAAUACUGAUAAAUACACUUUGAAUUUACAGUAAGGCCUGAACAGGUUCAUUUUUUGUUUGGAUGGACAUUAACAUUUGAAAAAGGACUUGGUGAACGGGCUUUUUUCUGUUAAAUCAUUGAAAAAUUUAUUUACCAAUGUCUAUGACAGCUCUGGUCUUAAAUCA